AUGGAAGUAAUUUGAUAUUUCAUUAACUUUUAGCAAUUUAUAAAGGACCUUGAUUCAACAGAUAGUAACUCUAUAAUGAUUAUUAUAUAGAAAAAUCCCCUUAAAAAUUAAAAUUAGUUAGAUCAUCCAAUACUUAUCAGAAGUAAAACUCCUCACCCAAAUAAAUUAAAGAGGAAUUAAAAAAAAAUAAGAUCAUCAAGAAGCUAGAAUUUAAUGAUGAAUUUCUUAUAAUUAAAUAGGAUGGAAUUAUUAGUCGAAGUACUCGCCAAAUAACUAAAAAUAAUUAAAGUAUCAGUAUUGUAUUAUUUAGUUAAUUCUUCAUAUACAUUGGGUCUUCUAAAUUCUAUAGAACUUAAUAAUAAAAAUGAAAUUAUUAACAAAUUGAUCAAAACAAAUGAUCAUGAAUUAUUAUAAGUGUCUAGAACAUCUAAUAUAUAUUGUAAGUGUCGUAAAUCUAAAUGCAUUCAAAACUAUUGUGUCUGUAGUGCCAACAAUUAAGAAUGUAAAUCAAAUUGUGAAUGUUAUAAUUGUUCAAACAAAUAACCCAAAUCUAUACUCCCCAAAUCAACUUCAAUAGAGUUUAAUGGAUGUAAUUGUAGAAAAUAAAAGUCAUCUUAUUUAAUAUUAUUACAUAGUUGUUCCAAACGUUAUUGUGAAUGUUAAAAGAGAAGGAUCAAGUGUACUUCUAAAUGCAAUUGUUGUGAGGAAUGUGAAAAUUAAGAGAUCUAGCUCCUGCCAUUUUAAUUAGAUAGUCUAUCCUGA